AUGGCUCCAGCCUACUCUAUCUUCUGCAAAGCCAAGAGAGACGAGAUCGAAAAAGAGCACCCAACAUGGACAUUUUGCGAGAUUGCAAAGCAUCUUGGCAAGCUUUGGGAGCAUUUACCAGAAAAUGAAAAAUUGCUUUACCAAGAAAAAGCAAAACUUGAGUCUUCGAAGAUGAGAAGCUUUCCAAAGAUCAAAUCUAAGAAGAUGAUUGAAUCCAUGGGCCAUGAAGACACUGCCUUUGCUGAAGGUACACAAGAAGAUUCAGAUGAGAAAGAACAAUCUGAAAGUUCAGAUGAAGAAUUCGAUCCAAAUCAGUCUAGCAGCAAUUCUUCAAGUGAUUACUUCCAGAUGCAGUCAUCUUCUACACAAGAUCAGGAAUAA